GUUCAAUUGGAAGGUCAGAUGAGAUGGAGAUAGUCGCGGUUGCCUGCUGCGUCUGUGGCAAAGAAAUUCCAGAGAGUCAGGCUUUAUACUGGUACAGUUGCCGAAAGUUCCAUCUACUUCGAUUAGCCCUCAAUGUAAAGCAUUAUUUUACUGCAGUGACAAGUGUAGGACUGCGGAUUGGAUAGCUUCGGACAAUCCAGAUCACAGUCAUCAGCAGUGGUGUAGUAAAAUGAAAGAUUUUAUGAGCUUCGAGCCCUUUCUUCAUAAACUGCCUUUUACUUUUGCUUCCAUAACUACUGCUGCAGAUUUUACGCAUUUUAAAUUAGACGAGAUCCUCUCGCGUUUCGGAGUAAAUCGCCAAGGCCUCUGGAAAUAUGAGUUUUCUUCUAAUUCACAUCAAUCCCAGAUUUCUCCAGGUGGUGAUCUCCCACUUUUCUCAGAUUUGUGGACUACCACCACCAUGGAUUCUGAAAAACUCUCACCGGUCACUCUGUCAUCGUCAUCAUCUUAUGAUGAUGCUCUAGUCCGGGCAUUUGUGUCCCCGUCACUCGCUGUAAUUAUGAGUUUGUCUCCAUUAUAUGACUCUCCUGCUCCAGAUCUUCAAGAUCCAAGCUUGGUGAAUAUUAAUUUGCGUGAUUGGCUUGACUACUACAAGUGGCGAGGUCUUUGCUCUCCGGAUGAAGAAAGUAUUUCUAAUCCACUGGCAUUACUACUUCACUGGCCUCUUACUCUUUAUCAUAUUGUUGCACACAAGCUUCCAAAAAUAAACCCCUUCUGUAUCCCAAAAGCUUUGAUAAAUCGGAAACUUAUCAUACAUGUGAUUGGAGUCGAAAAAGAACUCUCUCUUUUGCCAGUAUUCAAAGUAUGCCGGAGUAAUCAUUCCAUAAUUUUGAUAAUAAUAUUAGUCUUAACUGGAUACGAACUGGAUCAUUUGUUCAAACCACAACUCAGAAUCUAUAUCUAUUUCAUUGGUAGACAUUUUGAUUCUGCAGCGGAUAGAGUUGUUUAUCAUCUUUCUUCACGAUUGUCUGUAAGUGUUUGGAGUGGAUUAUAUCAUGAAUUUUUGCAUACUCAAAAAUCAACAAGUGAACUACCCGAUUUAGUUAUUGGUUUCAAUGCUGGUCUUGCUGCCUAUCCAACUUGGCCACUCACGCUGUCUUCCAUCGCUGAAAUUGGUGUGCCAGUGUUCUUUACAGAUUCUUGCUUAUACAGUUCAUUAUGGGGUUUCCAAGUAUCAAGUUCUUUGGGUUUAGGCCCAAGUAAACCUGAUGUCAUUUUGGACAAUGGUUAUGACCAAACCAAUGAUUCCAAUCAAACAUGUCUGUUUCUAAAUCCGUUUCGAAGCCCUAUCCGUAUUGAGGCUCCUGGUGUGCGAUGGAGCUGGUUCUCAAACGCCUUCAUAUUCUCCCCUUUUUAUUCUGCAGACUAUUUACAGCAACGGUCAGACCUACCUCCGCGAAUGGCUUCAAUGAAUGUAUGACUAAUUAACAUAGUUUCCGUUUCAUUCUGCAGUGGAUAUACCCAUGUCUCUUAUCUCUGUAAAUAUUCCAUCUCCAGUCUCUCCUAACGUUUUUUCCAUGUACUAUUAAAUGGCAAUUCCUUAAAGCUGUUGUGUGCUUCAGUUCGCACUCCUUCAUUUGUUAUCUAUAUAAAACGUAUAACCUUGUUUGUUGUGAAAGCAUUACUUGUUUUUCAAGUCA